UAACCCAUCAACUACCCGACCCUACCACGUCUUGUUCCGUGUUUGAUUUAAACAGUCAUAUAUAUACAUGUGCUGUUACCCAUAUAUUUCAUUCAACUUUACUUAGAAGAAAGAAAAAGAAGAAGAAGAAGAAGAAUCUUUAGUCUUUUCCUAAAAGAAGAGAAGUAUUUUACAAAUGGCAUCAUCGGAGAUGGUGGAUUCCGGUAGAUUCGCCGCCGCCGUCGGUCAGAAAUCACAUUUCUCUCAGACAUGUAAUUUGUUGAGCCAAUACUUGAAAGAGAAGAAAGGUUCCUUUGGAGAUCUCAGCCUUGGUAUUCACCGCGCUGGCACUACUACUAUGGAUUUGUUGCCAAUGAUUGAGAAAUCUGGUGAGUCAAACCCUCAGAAAUCAAUGUAUCUGUUUCCUCAAACUGAAGCAAAAUCUGAACCGGAGAAAGCGCAGAUGACGAUAUUCUACGGCGGUCAAGUUAUUGUGUUUAAUGAUUUUCCGGCAGAUAAAGCUAAGGAAAUCAUGCUUAUGGCUAGUUGUACCAAAGGAAACAACAACAGUACUACUCAGAUUCAAAAAACAGCUGAAUCUGCUUCAGAUUUGGUGCCUCAGCCUAUUAUUUCUGGAGAUUUACCAAUUGCGAGACGAGCUUCACUUACUCGGUUUUUGGAGAAAAGAAAAGAUAGGCUGACUGCAAAAGCACCUUACCAAUUAAGCAACCCAAAUAAACAGGUAGCAGUUUCUGAAAACAAGGCGUGGUUGGAAUUGGGUGCUCAAUUUCCAGUGAAAACUGAGCAAUUCUAGUACUACUUGCUUUUGGCUUUUAUUACUUGUUAUUAGGCUAAAUAUACUACUGCUGCUGCUGCUACUACUACUACUACUACUUAAUCCUUUAUUGAAAAAACUUAUUAGAUCUGACUACUCUGGAUUCAUUACUAGUAAUUGAUUUUUGUAUUGAAACCAGAGAGAUGGUUAUUCAGUGAUCUUUUGUAGGUAUUCAAUUCGUCUAAGGCUUAAGUUUUUACUUCCUAUUGUACUGCAAAUGGAAUGUUUAUCACAAAAGCAAUUUCUAUGUUUAUGUUGUAUUAUACCAUUUACUUUUUCUCUA